AUGGCAUCCCAAGACCUCCCCUUGGACGAAAUCCAAUGGAAGUCAACGGUCCUUGCACAGCAGAUGCAAGGCGUGCACGAAAACUCGGUCCUCCACUACUUCUCUCACUCGCCAUUCUUUGACCAAACCUCGAACAAUGCCAUCUUGGCGUCGCAAGCCACGUUCAAUCCAAACCUGUUUGAAGUUCUACAAACGCGAGCUGCCUUCGAGGGCCGACUCAAGACGAUGUCGGGAUUGGAGUUUGUUAUCGCAGAGCAGCCAGAAGAAAUGGCACCCGGGACUGGAACCGGAAUUUGGGUCAUUAGGAAGCAAACCCGGAGAAAAGUACCUUCCGAAGAAGACGAGAUCACAAUACACUCGAAUUAUUUCGUUGUCGGCGACAAUAUCUACAUGGCAUCGACGGUGGCAGAUAUCCUAUGCAACAGAACCAUGGCGAUCAUAUCUUCUCUGAACAAAGUCGCCACUUCCAUGACAACUCUCCCCGACUUCAGUCCAGCACUUGGCCAUGUCUACAUUCCACCACCAACAAGUAAGCGCGGAAAGAACGUUGAGCCACAGCUGAGCCGAGCCAGUAAAGAGAACACACCCCUUCCCGAACCUCUACAGGCUUCCCAAAAGCCACCCCCCGCCGCUGCUACAAUAGGUAGUAAUUAUCUCGAUAACCGAGUCCUCGAAGAAGCAAUCAAUGCCUCUAUGACGUAUGGAGAUGACUACAUGGACGCUAUUCCCGUUACCGGACAGCCUGGGGACUUCCACUUCUCGUCAACUGGAAGAGAGGCUAAAGACAAGCUCAUGGUGCCAGGACCUGUCAAAGGACCAUUGCAUGUACCAAGCAAGACUGCUAAACCUGUACCUGCCCCGUCGCCUUUGAAGACGAACAUUCCCGCAGAGAGAAAGGGUAGCAAGGCAGAGAAGAGUCCAAAGACACCUGGGAUGGCGAAGCCAAAGAGAAGAAAGAGCAAAGCCGUGGGAGCUACGCCAGCUGCGAGUCCGAAGGCAUGA